CAGGAGUCGGUGAUCCGGGCGCUCGGCAUCGCCAAGAAUGACCUCCAAAUGGCCAGAGAUAUACUCCACGAGUUUGAUCCAAACACGUGGACGUCAUCACUACAGGCGUUGGCACUCAAUCCAAGAAUCUCUGAUCACAACCGAUCAGUCUCUCCUCAAUGUUCGCCACAAACCACGCGAAAGCAGACAAUACUCCAGAAGCUGAUGGUGUGUCCGACCGUACCGUUAAUACCGGCGCCGCCGAUACCGCCCCGACGCCAGUCGCCCACAACUACACCGCAACAGUCGCCGGGAGUGUCACCGAAACACAUCCACCCUUUGGCCGCCAAAUUGAAGGCCCAGAGCGGCCCCAAAACCACACUUAUUCCCAUCAAAGCGAUGACAGCUGUGACCGCCGGCGGCGACAAAUGUCCGGACAAGUGUUUGGAUCCGAUAGACUUGUCGCUGAGGCCGCGAAUCGAUCACAAGUCGAUGGUGUCGUCGUCGACGCCGCCGCCCAUCGGAUCCACGCCUACGAUCACCACAACAACAGUUUCGCACGAAAGAAGUACAAAGAUGUGUCAUUUGAGCGCUCAGACAUUGGCCGCACCCCAGUUCGGGACGUGGCCCGGGGCUAUCAACACAGUGGUCCCACUCAACCAGACGACCGCCACAGGUGUUGGUGUCACCCAAUCGGCGUCCACAUCGCCCACCAAUAUAACGAUAUCGUCGCCACUAAUACCCCGACACCCGCCGCCCCCUCAACAGCCGUUGGCGCCGAAGCCCGCGGCCGCCAAAUGCCCGGUCGCGCCGUCGCCGCCCACUCUGACCGCCAACGAGAGGACUAAUCACAACCAUUUGAGUACAAAUAAUUCAGACACAACUGUCGUUACGUUCGGCUCAAUUGAAUUGAACGAGUUUAUUGAAGAACACAGUUAUGCCAACACUGACCUCAACGUCUCUCGACGUAAUGAAUUAGAACCGAUUCAAAGCUCAUCCCUAUCGACAACCAGUUCUUCAUCAUCUUCUCCAUCAUCGAUAUCAUCAAAAUCUGAUCAAAAGAUUCAUUCGCCGAUUCUUUCGUUGGGAACGAGUCUUCUGGAGAACAAAGAGAACGAUUCGGUGAACGAUUCGGUGAGUUAUGUGAACCUCCAGAUGGACUACAUUUCGCAACUCAUUUCGGAGGGCUAUUGCCAGGAGUCGGUGAUCCGGGCGCUCGGCAUCGCCAAGAAUGACCUCCAAAUGGCCAGAGAUAUACUCCACGAGUUUGUCUCCAAAGCCAAUCUCACCACCAAUUGAUCCGCCGAUUCAUUCGCCCCAAUAAUGGCGAACAUUAAUACCCAAUAAUAUUAAU